AUUCCCGAGAACCUCCCAAAGUUUUUCCAGCAACAACAUUGUAACAACUGUGGACUCUGUGUGUUUGCACUCCGUGACAAAAGAGUUAUGCGCUCUCUGGAUUGGAAUUAGACAUCGAUCCGGGCCCUGAAAAGACAGCAUGCCAUCCCCUGGAGACUGGAGAGACGAGUGUUCGACAGACGAGGAUGUACAAGCACCGCGGCCGAGGAAGCGCGCGGCGCAGGUGUCGUGCCUGCCCUUCAGCGUGGAGGCGCUGAUGUCGGACAGGAGGUCGCUGAAUGCGACGGACAGAAUAGAUGGAAAACGUCCUUUGAACGAUGACCAGGCGCACAGGCCGGAUUUGUUUUCCCAACAACUAGUAUCUAUCAAACCAGAGCCAUCGGAACGAGGGGACUGUGCGUCCUGGAUAUCCAGCCCCAUUAAGAUGACAGCACCACCCCGGCAGCUCAGUCCAGCAGUGUGCUCUUUGAGGAAGCACAAAACCAACCGCAAGCCUCGCACUCCCUUCACCACCACACAGCUUCUGGCCCUGGAGAGAAAGUUCCGUCAGAAGCAGUACCUGUCCAUCGCCGAGCGAGCUGAGUUCUCCUCUUCCCUGACGCUGUCCGAGACCCAGGUCAAGAUCUGGUUCCAAAAUCGACGAGCCAAAGCCAAGAGGCUUCAGGAGGCCGAGGUGGAGAAACUCAAAAUAGCAGCUGGCAUUGGGCCCAAGGCAGUAUUCCACCCAGGCUUCCCUUCCAUAGGUUUCCCCCUCAGUGUUAACCUGCAGGCUGGAUCAGCAGCACUCUACGGACUGGGCUGCUCAUACGGCCGCAGCCCCCUUCUCCCUGCCACACAUCUGGCCAUGUACGCCUCACAGUUUGGGCACAGCCUCUUCCACCUCUCCUGAGAUGAAGCAGCAUUACACAGACAAAGAGGCAUGGAAGUGUGUUAAAAAAGAGGACAGGAGUGUAUCAUGAAGUCAUACACCUUAUAAAAGACCUAAUUAAUGACCUGAAGUGGAGCUGAAAUUUUAUGAUCUUACUGGUGCAGCUGGAGUUACAAGGAGAAUUUAUAAAUGUCCUUUUACAAGGCUGUAGCAUCUUGAAGGUCCUGUGCUGUUUGUUUAUGCCGAUUCAGCAGGGGUCACUGAUGAUGAAUAGGAGACUGACCAGGCGGCGUGUUUCUGAUUAUAGUACCAGAUUGCAUAUAUUGUAGCCUUUGUGAGUUGUUUUUUCUACUCUUCUUGUUUUCCUGGAUGAAGUCAGCAUUGGGAAUAAUGUAUUCACUUGUUUGCCUUGAACAUGCAGGGAUAUUGUUUGUUAUACUCCUCUCAGAACAAAUAAAAGGCCACAAUUGGAGAAUGACGUUUUGGCCUGGCGAUGUGCAGGCUUGUUUAAAAGCCAGAGCAUUCCCAGUGACUUGUUUAUUUAUGAUAACCCUUGGAUUCAUUUACUAUAUCAUAAUGCAUAGCUACACUUUUGAAGAUAAUAUUUUGUGUGUUUGCUAUUACAUUAAAGCUU